UUUCCAAUCACCCGUUCGAGAUAAUCCGAUCGAAAACCAUGUCGACGACGUCUCUGAGGGCCAUUUCGACGUUUUCCGUCCCAUCCAAGCUAGGGGACCAAGGCGGUGCUGUUAGCACCCUCUUGUCCAACUCAAAACUUGGAUCAUCCUCUUCUGCUCUGAGCUUUAAACCGCAGCGAAAACUCGAAAAGUUUGCGGUUUCUGCAUCGAGCGAAGCAGUGGCGUUGACCGGAGUCGUGUUCCAGCCGUUUGAGGAGGUGAAGAACGAUGCUUUUGUUGUCCCUGUGUCUCCUCAGGUCUCUCUUGCCCGUCAGCGUUACACAGAUGAGUCCGAGGCCGCCAUCAAUGAGCAGAUCAAUGUGGAAUACAAUGUUUCGUAUGUGUACCAUGCACUGUUUGCGUACUUUGACAGGGACAACGUUGCUCUCAAGGGCCUUGCCAAGUUUUUCAAGGAAUCAAGCGAGGAAGAAAGAGAACAUGCCGAAAAGCUGAUGGAAUAUCAGAACAAGCGAGGUGGGAGAGUGAAACUGCACUCUGUAAUCGCGGCGCCUACGGAGUUUGAUCAUGCAGAAAAGGGAGAUGCAUUGUAUGCUAUGGAGUUAGCAUUGUCUUUGGAGAAGCUGACAAAUGAAAAACUCUUGAACUUGCAUAAGGUUGCAGACCAGAACAAUGAUCCCCAGUUGAUGGAUUUUAUCGAGAGCGAGUUUCUGGCUGAGCAGGUUGAGGCCAUCAAGAAGAUAGCUGACUAUGUCACUCAACUGAGGAGGGUUGGAAAAGGCCAUGGAGUGUGGCACUUUGACCAGUAUCUCCUUCAUGAGGGUGAUGCUGCAAACUGAAAAUUCACAGCGCUCUGUUUGCUCUCGUGUUUGUUUCUAAUGUUUUGGAGUGCUCUCUCUCUCUAGAAAUAUGCAUAUUUAUAUUAAGCAAGCUGAUAAGAGUGUGAUCUCAGAUAGGCGCCUUCGACAUGUCAGAGUAGACUUACUGCAUCGCAAAUCGUUGGUUCGAGGGUUUCAUCGCCUCCAACUUAUGUAGUUAAAGAUCUGUUGAGUAGUGUAUACGUUCUAGUUAUCCUACGAGUCUAUGGCUAUGUAUACAAAUUAAACCAAGUUCUAUAAUGGUUAAGUGGACCUUGUUAUAUGCUUUUUAUUUGAAAUAA